AUGCCAACUGCGCUUAUGCUCUACUGGAUCACCAGUACCAAUAUUGCUACGCUGCAGACUUGGGUACUGGACAAUAAGGUGUUUUCACCAGUGACAUCUGCCCGCUUCCAACCGAGAUACAUCGCUUUCAAGAAGCCGGGUGAUAAGGAUCCUUUCCAAAUCAACAAUUUGCGCUGA